AUGACUGGCCACGGCAACGUGCUCACCCACUUCCGGGGGGCCGCCAUCCUGGCUCCGUGGGUGCUCUGGCUGCUGCUGGCCGACACGGCCAUCUCCCUUCAGCUGCCUCUCAAGUGGUUCGCCCCCGACUUUGUCUACAACUCAUCCUCGCGCAUCGCCGAAACGGUGUGGUACUGGAUCCAGAUCAUCUUUGAGCGCUUUAACGGCGCCGACCUCACCUUUUCUGGCGAUGCCAUCCCCCACGGCGAGUCGGCCGUCGUGGUCGCGAACCACGUCGGAUGGGCAGACUUCUACAUGAUCCAGGCCCUGGCCAUCAAAGCCGGCAUGCUGGGCCGGUGUCGUUACUUUGCCAAGAUCCAACUGCGGAUCGUCCCGUUCCUUGGCUGGGGUUUGUGGGCGAUGGGGAUGCCUAUGGUGAGUCGCAACUGGGCCAAGGACAGGCACGAGCUCGACAGAGUGUUUGCUGGAAUCAUGAAUAGGCAAUGGCCGACCUGGCUUAUCAGCUUCAGCGAGGCCACUCGCUUCACCCAGAAAAAGUACGAGCAGUCCAUCGUUUGGUGUAAGGAAUCCGGCCGGCCGCAGCCCAAGCACCUGCUAUAUCCCCGGACCAAGGGCUUCAUCACCACGGUGCAGCACCUCAGGAAGGCCACCCAUGUCAAGGCGGUGUACGACGUGACGAUCGCGUACCAGAGAGGGAGCGAGUUCCUGGUCGCACCGAGCAUGUGGGAUACCCUGAGCGUCCCCGGGCUGAGUUCCCGACUGGGGUACAAAUUCCACGUUCACGUCCGCAGGUUUCCCCUUGAGACUCUGCCGCAGGAUGACGAGAAGCUGGCAAAGUGGCUCGAGAACUUAUGGGUUGAGAAGGGAGAAUGGUUGGAUCUGAAGAAGGCCGAAUGGGCAUCUACGGCAUGA